AUGAUGCCCGCUAACCAGACGGUCUGGCUUCGUCGGAGGCAUUUCUUCGAAGUCAACGAUCAGCCAUGGUUCCCUCAAACCCUCAGAGAAAAAGUGCAAGACUACCUGACCCUGGGUUGGAUCAAUAGACUGCCGAUUAUCCAGUCCACCUCGCCAGCGGCGCUCGUCUCUCGCGUGCUAUCCACCGUCCUUGGUCCUCGACUCUCAGAGUAUGUCUACGUCGACUUCGCCUCCGGUGCAGGUGGUCCGACACCUUACAUUGAGAAUCAUUUGAACAGCGAGCUUCGUGCUGCGGGAAAGGAAGAAGUGAAAUUUGUCCUCACCGACAUCAGCCCACACGUCAGUGCUUGGGAGGCAGCGGCAAAGAAGAGCAAGAACAUCAGCUACAUUCCCCAGAGUGUGGACGCCACGAACGCUCCAACCCAGGAGACUCUGCUCAAGGACGUUCCCGACGCAAAGGGGAAGAAGGUCAUGCGUCUUUUCAGUCUGGCGUUCCACCACUUUGACGAUGACCUUGGUGCAAAAAUCCUCCAGAACACCAUCGAGACGUCGGACGGAUUCUGCAUCUUUGAGCUCCAGUCUCGACACCUCAGUUCCUUUAUCCUCGUCAGUCUGCUCUGGCCGCUCGCAAUGCUCAUGACGCCAUUUUAUUUUCUCCGCAGACCGGGCCAUCUGUUCUUCACCUACCUCGUCCCCAUUGUUCCGUUCAUCUGGGUCUGGGAUGGCUACAUUUCGUGUCUGAGGACAAGAACGCCCGAGGAAGUCGAAGCUCUCCUCCGCCGGCAUGUCCCGAGUGAGAAGCUGGUCAAUUGGAAGUUUAAGAGUGGUCAAGCUUGUCAUACCUGGCCUAUUGGCUAUCUCAACUGGAUUAUCUGCUACAAGGAAGAUUGA